UAAAACAGAUCCAAACUUAUAUCGAAACAACAUAAAUCACGCGCUGGAGCAAAACGGAAUCUCAACACUAAAUCUCCGUACACCAACCUAUCCAGUUCUUUCCUCGACCGUAUCCACAGCAACAUUGAAUUUAGAAAUGGAGAGCUCAUCAUCACAAACACCAAGCGAUGAUUUCUCAGUCUUUGUAUUGGCAUCUGAUUUGGGUAUAGACGCGACCCCAUUUCUGAACCACCAAGAAAGAGAUAUCAAAGAAGAAGAAGAAGAAACUGAAAACUGGCAUGAUUGCUCUCAGUAUCUCGUCUACGAUGAGGAUUUCUCCGAUCUCGAACUUUUGCAAUUUUUCCGGCUAGAGGGCUUUGAUAAAUCUGGCAACCGCAUACUUCGUAUAGUCGGCAAGUACUUUCCCGCUCAAGUUAUUAGUGGAGAGCGACUCAAGAAGUACAUUUUGCACAAAAUAUGCAGCGAGUUGCCAGAAGGACCAUUCUGCAUUGUUUACAUGCAUACUACUGUGCAAAAGGAGGACAACUCCCCUGGUGUAACUAUCUUGAGGUGGAUAUAUGAAGAACUUCCUGCUGACUACAAGGACAGACUUCAAGUUGUAUACUUCAUACACCCUGGCCUGCGCUCAAGGCUUGUCUUUGCCACCCUUGGCCGAUUUUUCUUAAGUGGAAGCUUAUAUUGGAAGAUCAAGUACGUAAGCCGCCUUCAGUACCUAUGGGAUGAUAUUAAAAGAGGAGAAGUUGAGAUCCCCGAAUUUGUUUGCAGUCAUGAUGAUAUUCUUGAGGAUAGACCAUUGACAGAUUAUGGCAUAGAACCUGAUCCUUUUCACUUACAUGAAGUUCCUAACACAGCCUACUCAUUUGGGAAGUAUGAACAGAGAUGGGUAGCCAGGGAAUACCCCACUUAGUUUCUCUUGUCAGUAGGUUGAUACCCUAAUAGUUGUGUUCGGAAGAAUUACUAUAUAAUAUAAAUAACUCAAAUGUACAUAAUUACUUGAUGUUGUCUUUAGUUUUCUUUUGCCUGAACAUAAUGUGUUUAGAGAAAAAGGAAUUUGGCUAUCCUUAAAACAAUGGUGAUGUAUAAUAUACUAUUUUGGAGACCUGUUAUAGUUUUUGUACAUUCAUUAGUU